AUGUCCUCCAGUCAGGGGCCUCCCUCGCCACCCACUGCUUCGUUGAACUCAUCCAAACCAGUCAAUGACAACAUUUUGUAUCGGUGUUUGAUACUUCUAGCAAUCCAAGUUUAUAGGCGUAUUCGACCUCGAAAGGGGAGCGUUCUUAUGCUAACGAAUGGACUAUGCGUCAAGUAUGGGCGCCAUGUUCAUUUAUCUGAAGCAUCAACAAUGCAGUUCAUCUCGCAACAUACAUCUAUCCCGGUACCAAAAGUGUUAUGUGCAUUUACACGUAAUGGGAUGACAUAUAUCUUGAUGGAAAGGAUCAAGGGAGAUAUGAUCGGCAAAGGAUGGGUGAAUCGAAGCGAGGAUUCAAAAACGAAACUUCUUUCGCAGUUAGCAGGAAUGAUUCGCGAGAUGCGGGCACUCCAGCCCUCACAAUUCAAUAAGGCUGGAGUUGCUUCUGUUGAUGGCGGAUCGCUUUUUGACUGUCGUAUUCCGGGCCCUUCGUUACGCUUCGGUCCCUUUGAUACUAUCCAGGAUUUCCAUCGGCAUUUGCGCAUGGGCAUGGAAUUCGAUUCAAGGCUUAGUCCUGAAAUCCAGGAAUUCAUCAAACAACAAAGCAAGUCUUGGCCUCUGGUUCUCACUCACGGCGACCUUAGCAGCCUUAACAUUCUUGCACGUGGGGAUGAUAUCGUUGGUAUUAUUGAUUGGGAAACUGCUGGUUGGUAUCCAUCAUAUUGGGAAUACACCACCGCCUACCAAGUCAACCCGCAAAACUCUUUUUGGGUCCAUGAGAUUGACAAGUUCCUGCAACCAAUGCCCGAAGAGCUGGCAAUGGACCGGAUUCGUCUAACAUACUUUGGAGAUGUCUAA